AUGAGUAAUCAGACUCAGAAACUUCAGCCGGCGGCUCGGGUCCAGGGCCAGAAGAAGGAUGUUUGGUCCAUGAUCAAUGAGGCCGCUGCGUCUUCACCUAUCCAGCCUAUUGUGAACUUGGGUCAGGGUUUCUUUGGAUACAACCCUCCUGACUUUAUCCUCAACGCUGCUAAGGAGGCUUUGGACCGUGUUGAGUGCAAUCAGUAUGCUCCUGCUAAAGGACGCCCUCGUUUGAGGAAGGCAUUGGCAGAUGCGUACUCUGAAUCAUGGGGACGCCAGUUGGACCCAGAGACUGAGAUUAUCAUCACUACUGGUGCCAACGAGGGUAUGUUGAGCGCCUUCAUGGGCUUCAUUGAACUUGGUGAUGAAGUCAUUGUCUUUGAGCCCUUCUUCGACCAAUACAUCAGCAACAUUCAAAUGCCCGGUGGUAAAGUCGUCUACGUGCCCCUCCACCCUCCCAAGACUGGCGCCACCAAGGAUUCCUCUGCUGCAGACUGGACAAUCGACUUUGAAGAGCUUAAGAAGGCCUUCACACCCCGCACCAAAAUGAUUGUCAUCAACACUCCCCACAAUCCCGUUGGCAAGGUCUUCUCGAAAGAGGAACUUCAAGGAAUUGCAGAUCUUGCUAUUAAGAACCAAACUAUUAUCCUCUCAGAUGAAGUUUACGACAAGCUCUACUAUGUGCCAUUUACUCGAAUUGCCAACCUCUCUCCUGAAGUAGAGAAGUUGACACUCACUGUUGGCUCUGCUGGAAAGAACUUUUAUGCCACCGGUUGGCGUGUUGGUUGGUUGAUCGGACCUCAAGAACUCAUCCAGCAUGUCACCGCCGCACAUACACGAAUCUGCUUCUCCACACCAGCCCCUUUCCAAGAAGCCUCUGCCAUUGGUUUCGAGCAAGCUGGUAAGAAUGGUUUCUGGCAGGAGACUAUUACAGAGAUGAAGGGCAAGGUAGAUCGCCUCAAGGAGGUGUUUGAGGAGCUCGAAUUGCCCGUGACUUAUCCCGAGGGAGGUUACUUUAUUCUCGUCAACAUGGCGAAGGUCAAGCUGCCAGAAGAUUACCCAUUUCCUCCUAACGUGGCUAGCCGCCCGCGCGACUUCAAGCUGGCAUGGUUCCUUAUCCAGGAGAUUGGUGUUGCGGCUAUCCCUCCGACAGAGUUCUACACACCGGGCAAUGCGCACCUGGCGGAGGACUAUAUCCGAUUUGCAGUGUGUAAGAACGAUGAUGUUUUGGAGCAGGCCAAGGAGCGACUAAGGGGACUGAAGAAGUAUAUCCAAGAGUAA